ACCGCACACAGGACCACCACACUAACCGACAAAAGUUGGGAUAAACUUUCACUACACUUUGUCUCAAUUAGUCCAGUCUUCCAAAUGUUUCUCUCUUUUCUGUUAGAAGCGGGCGUCGGUGGUUUUGGCUGAUAGAAACAGUCGCUGGAAACUUUGCUGCUCUUUUUUUCCCCUUCUUCUUUCUCUGGGGUCAGUAACCUGUGAAGAGAGCAAAAAGGAUUUACUGCAAACUGGGAUUUAUCUGUGCUGGCGUUUAAAGAGUAUUGUCGCCUGUCUUCGAGGCUGAAGUGUUUUUGGGCCUUUUAUUAUUCUUUAAAGCGGACUAAAGAAAGAUAUUUGUCACUAACGGAGGCCAGUAAUCCACCUGCUGCAAGAAAAGACAGAUCCUCAAUAUUAUAUUACCAGGCAAAAGUGACUGCCAAGGGCUCAGACCACCUGCCCUGAGGAGUCAAGGAGACUAGGAGGAAGGGAAGAAAGGAAGGAAGGAAGGAAGGAAGGAAAGAGAUACAUCGUUCUCUAUUGUUGCUGUCUGCUUCCUACUGUAUCCAGAUGUAUGCUGAGAAAGUUGUGACAGAGGGGAAGAUGGGGAACAGGGGAAUCUCCCUGACCUGUGUGUUGACCCCCUGCCGUGUGAUUGGGGUAUGUGUGACACUGAUGACCUUGGGAGCCAUUGGAGCAGCUGUCUGGGCCGUAGUUUCAUACUGCACAAUGGAGGAAGACACAGGACUGUAUGAUGUCCAGGUAAAUUCUGCUGACCAGCGUCUCCGGGUAUUUGACUCGACCCACAAGAGGUGGCGCCAGGUGUGUUCCUCCCCAGCCAAUGAGCUGCUAGCUAGCAUAAGCUGUGAAGAAGUUGGCUUUAUCAGUGUGGUGAAUUACUCAGUGACAUCUGUGCCAGAGGCCAGUGGAGAUGGCGGAGAGUUCUUCUGUGUCAGACAGCAGGAGCUCAGCUACAGCAAGAAAAUCAAAGACUCAUUGUUCCCAUGUGACUGUGAGAGCAGGGAGGUUCUCACACUGUUGUGUCAAGACUGUGGCAGGCGUAGUUUCGCAGCAGACCGCAUAGUUGGAGGUGUGGAUGCCAGGCAGGGCAGUUGGCCUUGGCAGGUCAGAUUAGAGUAUGAUGGAGUUCAUCAGUGUGGAGGAGCCAUCAUCUCAAACCGCUGGAUUGUCUCAGCAGCUCACUGCUUUCGAGAGCGAUAUCGAACUGUCAAUCGCUGGCGUGUGCUGCUGGGCUCCAUCUAUAGUAAACCAGUCAAUGCCAACGUGGCGGAGGUGAACACCAUUGUUUACCACAGCAGCUACCUGCCCUUUGUAGAUGCUAGCAUUGAUGACAACAGCAGGGAUAUUGCUGUUCUGGCCCUCACCCACCCCCUCACUUUCAACGAAUAUAUCCAGCCUAUUUGCCUGCCAGCAUAUGGUCAAAGACUGAUAGACGGACAGAUGGGAACAGUGACAGGCUGGGGAAACGUAGAUUACUAUGGUAUUCAAGCAGAGGUUCUCCAGGAAGCAAACGUCCCCAUCAUCAGCGAUGCUGUCUGUAAUGCUCCUGAUUACUACGACAAUCAGAUCACCACCAGCAUGUUCUGUGCUGGUUAUGAGAAAGGAGGCACUGAUGCCUGCCAGGGAGACAGCGGCGGUCCUUUUGUGGUAGAAGACUGCCUGUCAAAGACCAGGCGGUAUCGUCUGGUGGGAGUGGUGAGCUGGGGAAUAGGCUGUGCCAUGGCCAAGAAACCUGGCGUCUACACCAGAGUGUCCCGAUUUCUGCCCUGGAUAUCUACGGCCAUGAGGAACUAUCAGAGCUCACCAGGGCUUCACAAAAUGGCCCGGACAUGAGGCUCCUGCUCCCAUGUUUCCACUUUUUCUACUCUUGGAAGACAAUAUUAAAAGACUCUGACGAUGUCAACAAGGACUAUUGGACGAGGGAAUGAAAUGUUGUGACGUUGCCCUCAUAUCACAGCUUCCAGAUUCUCCUUCUUACCUAGAUUUUUUUCUUCUCGAACUUUCCACAUGUUAAAUGUCCACCAACUGCAUCCAUGUUAAUAGAUACUCUGUAUGUCUGCAGAGAUAGACAGACGGAGCAAAGAGUCACAGAAGUUGACUAACUUUGUUGUUAUGAAGUUAACUGCUGAUAAAAGCCAAAAGUCAAAUAAUAUUAGAAUAAUGAUACUGGAUUUAAGAUAGCAGAUUGAUACAAAGCUACAGGUAAGAGGAAAAAUGUGUAUUUUGGAUUUUGGAGUGAACUGUACCCUUAAAAAUCCUAAAUGUAAUUACAAGGAUUCAAACAAUAAGAGACUUCCUCAUGUAGAGGUUUUAUCAUGUUCUACAUGAGUCACUUUCUUCAGUGACGGACUUCCUGCUGCCAGUGAGCACAGCAGGCCACAGUGAGUGCAGUGUAAUAAUGAUCAGUAAAGAUCUUAUGCAAACUCAACUCUUUUAGUACUUUUACUUUGUGCAACUUGAAGAUGAGGGCGGACAGACAGAAACAAGUAGAGAUCUAAAAUGUCAGUAAUUUAUAAGUGAUGCUAAUAGAUAACUGAAACGUUCCCUGGUGAGCUUUAUUUUGUAAAAUCACAGUGCACAUCAAACGUCACACGGUAAGCAUCUCAUUUUAUAAUUAAACUCUCACAACGUACUUGUAUGAUACAUGUUAUGUCUUUUUUUUAUGCAGUAGCCUGACUGUUGUUUGAAAAAUAAUCAUUCAUGCAAGGUCUGUCUUCUUAAAAUUCCCUCAUGAACUGGUGAAGAUGAUGCAUAUAUUGAAAUCAGUAUUUUGUCAAUGUCUUGUAAAUAUUAGUCAGUGUCUUGUUUAUGUAGAUGUGUAUUUGAGACAUGGUACAGAUGUUUUCAUGAUCCACAGAUCUUAAAGCCAAGAGUGCAAUAACAACCCAAGUCAUGUUCUCAGAAAAUGUUUCUUUUACUGCAGCAUGUAUUGAUUACCAAAUUUGAAAUGCUAAUGAUGUCUCAUCCUAUUAACUAGCAGGACUGUUUAUACUCAGCCAUGACCACUGUAUAGUAUUAUAUACUAAAACUUCCCCUCUGUUCCCACAGUCAUAUUUAACAUAAACCACAAUAAACUAUUUCAGCAGUA